AUGUCUGCUCCGUGGCCUUUUGUGGCUUGGGGAAUGGACGUUAUUGGGCCGAUUGAGCCGAAAGCAUCUAAUGGGCAUCGGUUUAUUUUAGUUGCCAUCGACUACUUUACCAAAUGGGUGGAAGCUGUCACAUUCAAAUCAGUCACCAAGAAAGCAGUGGUGGACUUUGUUCAUUCAAACAUCAUAUGUCGUUUCGGCAUACCAAAAAUCAUUAUUACAGACAAUGCAGCGAAUCUCAACAGCCACCUGAUGAAGGAAGUUUGUGAGCAAUUUAAAAUUGUUCAUCGUCAUUCAACCCCUUAUCGACCCAAAGCAAAUGGGGCUGUUGAAGCGGCAAAUAAAAACAUCAAGAAGAUUCUUAGGAGAAUGGUGCAAGGAUCUAGACAGUGGCAUGAAAAACUACCAUUUGCUCUCUUGGGAUACCACACGACUAUUCGUACGUCAGUCGGUGCAACUCCUUACUUAUUGGUUUACGGAACUGAGGCUGUCAUACCCGCAGAAGUUGAAAUCCCUUCUCUUCGAAUCAUUGUCGAAGCAGAAAUUGAGGACACGGAAUGGGUUAAAUCAAGGUUAGAACAAUUAGCACUGAUAGACGAAAAACGGUUGACAUCAAUUUGCUUUGGUCAAUUAUAUCAGCAGAGGAUGGCUCGAGCUUAUAACAAGAAGGUACGCCCAAGAAAUUUUGAAGUCGGUCAACUUGUUGUGAAACGCAUCCUUCCCCAUCAAGACGAGGCCAAAGGAAAGUUUGCCCCAAAUUGGCAAGGCCCUUAUGUUAUUAAACAAGUGCUAUCAAAAGGAGCUUUGCAACUGGCAGUAUGGAGGAAAAGGCGAUCGACACAAUUGUUAACGCAGAUUCGAUCAAAAGAUACUACGUUUAACACUUUUGUUAUGACACUCUCAUGA